CGGGGCCAGGCUGGGCUUGGGGCGGGGCCGGGCAGAGCCGCGCGGUGAAAAGUGGCUGGAGGCGGCUUGGCGGCCGCGCAGCGGGUGUGAGCGUGCGAGGCGGCUGUGGCUCUGCUUCCAGCACCCACCAUGCUGUGGCCCCUGCUGCUGUCCUCGCUGCUGUGGCCAGCUGUGAGUGGGGCCCAGGCAGCUCGCCCCUGCUUCCCCGGCUGCCAGUGUGAGGUGGAGACCUUCGGCCUUUUUGACAGCUUCAGUCUGACCCAAGUGGACUGCAGCGGCCUGGGCCCCCACAUCGUGCCCGUUCCCAUCCCACUGGACACGGCCCACCUGGACCUGUCCUCCAACCAACUGGAGAUGGUUAAUGAGUCGGUGCUGGCCGGCCCGGGCUACACCACGCUGGCUGGCCUGGACCUCAGCCACAACCUGCUCACCCACCUCUCGCCUACAGCCUUCUCCCGCCUGCGCUAUCUGGAGUCACUGGACCUCAGCCACAAUGGCCUGGCGGCCCUACCUGCCCACAGUUUUGCCAGCUCCCCACUGAGCACAGUGAACCUCAGCCACAACCAGCUGCAUGAGGUCUCACUAUCAGCUUUUGGCCCAGGUGGCCAGGGCCGGGCACUGCACAUCGACCUCUCACACAAUUUCCUGCACAGCCUGCAACAGUCCCCUGGUCAGCACCCCAACCCUGCCAUCCAGAGCCUGAACCUGGCCUGGAACCAGCUCCAUGCUGUGCCUAACCUCCAGGGCCUGCCUCUGCGUUACCUGAGCCUGGAUGGGAACCCACUGACAGCUGUAGGUCCUGGAGACUUCUUGGGGCUGGCAGGCCUCACUCACCUGUCUCUCGCCAGCCUACAGGGGUGUCCCCGGCUGCUACCCCGAGGCUUCCUUGAGCUGCAGGGCCUGCAGGUCCUGGACCUAUCGGGCAACCCCAGGCUGCAGUGGGCCGGGCCCGAGGUGUUCUCAGGCCUAGACUCCCUACAAGAGCUGGACCUCUCAGGCACAGACUUGGUGCCCCUGCCUGAGACACUGCUGCCCCAGCUCCCUGCACUUCAGAGCAUCAGCCUGGGCCAGGGGGUACAGUGCCGCCGGCUGGUACGUGGGGGUACCUAUCCCCAGCAGCCUGGCACUCACUCCCAGGCAUCCCUGCACUGCCUCAUGACCCAGAAGUCUGCUGCCAGACGCCCCAACACCUUGUGACCCCUUGGACCACAUAACACUCUGCUGCCCUAGGUUUUUCUGGACGUUGGUCAUUUCAGUGAGCCAGUGCCCAUCAGGGGUUCUAAAAGCCCAUACCCAGAAACAGAGUCUGGCCCCUUUGUCUAUGUUGCCCCUAGACCACAAACCAAAAGGGAUCUCUGAAGACAAACCAGACAGCAGUCCUCUGCUUGUCUGUUCCCACUGGUCCCCAAAGUGCCUUCCCUAUAUGACAUCAAGUUCUUUUCAUCACACAGCCCUCUCACUGCUUCUCUGGACAUGAGAAACCCACUUCUCUCCCCCUAGACCCUGAGUAGAGGGACUGGAAACAAGCAAAAUCAAAGCCCACAGCACCAAGUAACAACUGGGGAAACAGGCCCAGAAGAGUUCCAGUACUGCUCCGAGCAGGCACAGAAGUGAAGGCAGGGCUAGGCUCCAUGCCCAUCCUCCAUCUGGGGCCCUUGACAUUCCUCUGCCCUUUCUACACCAUGUCCUUAUUUUCUGGGCCUCUUCAUGCUGUUGGGAACCACACCCGACUGCCAUUCCCGAAAUCGGCCAUGGUAGGGUAGGCCAGGGCACUCUGGACCAGGGACUAGGAGGGUGGGGGGCAUGUGGCUAAGCACACUUGUCUAUGGAAACUUCAGGCAUGCAGAUGCAGCCCUGCUAUUUCCCAGUUUGAGUGUCCCUACCCCCAGCCACCAGCCUGGAAAAACACCCAUCCACCCCUGAAGCAGUGCCCCAGCAAAGUGCUCCCCAAUGAGUGAUCUUGUGGCCCUGGUGCAGCCCCUUAGCAGGUAAAGGAGCCCCACCCAGCCCUACUCUCCAUCCAUGGGCUCUCUUCUUAGUCUUGACCAUUUUCUAACAGCUGUUGCAUUUUGAACAGACCUUCUCUUCAACCAGCCCUCACGCCCCCUGCUGGCAGGGGUUGGAAAUGUGUCAUUUGUAAAAUAAUAAUAAUAAUCUGCUCACUUUUGUGUUCUUAUGUUCUGAGGGUGGAAGUGGAGGCAGCCUUCAGCAGCCAUGUGAGCAUCUGGGGGACCCCAAGACACUCCCUACCCACAGGACAGAGAAAGUCCUGUCCUCUCCCACUGGCUGCUCCCAGCACCUCACAGCCCUUGACUUAAUAAACACUGUCGAGAGUA